AUGAUUUCGAUUAUCUUUGCUGUGGUCGUUGCGACCUUUGCAGUUAGCUCGGCGCAUCCAAUGGAGAAGCGACAGGCCAAUGGUCCAUGGAGUUUAUAUGCCUAUGGCAGCAAUAUUGACGGGUUGCCUAUCUUCUAUGCGGAUGGCCAAGCUCAGAUCGGUAAUCUGGCCAUGUCAAACGCAACCAGCAAGUUCCCAGUUUCUUUGACGUUUGGCGACAACCGAAACACCUGGGUUGCUCACCCCGAUACCACGAAUACCAUUGCAGAAUCUGCAGUAUUCACCACAGCGGGUGUAGCCUCCAGCACCAAUCUGUUGGGACUGAGCGAUACUGGCUCGAUGGCUUGUCCGGUCAUCUUUACCUCCCCAAGCGGCCAGCCGAAUAAUAACACAGUUGCGACGAACACAAGCGUGUCGGCACCACAAACCAAUGUGUGGACUUUAUAUGGGAAAUAUGUUAUGUGCAGCCAGGACAACGUCAACUUUUACGCCCAACCUACCGGACAAGAUGGAUGGUAUAUCUUGCUAUGGAGUGCAACGGCAGAUGCAGCUCUUAGGAAUAUUCCGGUGACUCUGAGAACCAUCGGCCCUGCCUCUGGCUAA